AUGACCUGCAGUAUGACACAAUACCCUCUAAUAUGCUUGAUACUUUACCUUCUAUCCCACUACGUCGUCCUUUCUUCUACUAUCGACUGUAAUUUCACCCCAAAAGACCACAAUCAUCGAUUACAGUCCUCUAUUACUUAUAAGUGUCCAACACGAUGUAAAAACUUAAGGACCAACCCUCCAGAUCUCAGAAAAGUAGAGCUCAACUACAGAAUAUGUUCUCAUCCCGACUUAAUAGAUGCAGAUUUUAAAAUAGAACCUAAUGAUGUUAGUCACGUCAGUAUUCGAAAGAUACAAAGUUUAAAUAAUCACCACAAUCAUCGGAGGAAAAGAUCACUUACGUUAACGCCACAGUGGCAAAGUGAGCCUCAAAGUAUGAGCGUAAACCAGGGAAAUAAAAUAAGCCUGGUUUGUUCGAUCACCGCUGUGGGCGACUCAGCGAAUUACCAGUGGUUUUAUAGCGAUACUUUCCCUACUAAUAUCGGGAACACGCUGUCUGAGUUAUUUAACGGUGUUACUGACGACACAGGGACCCUUACCGUCUCCUCGGCUAGUGGUAACGAUGCUGGCUACUAUCAGUGCAAGGUUACAGAUGUGACAAAAGAUGGAACACACAUCAUUUUCAGUAAUAUUGUGGAAGUUGAGAUCGAAAGCUAUUUGGUUCAUUACAUUGCACCUCCCCUGGAAGAUCUGAAAACUCCUGGAAGCAAGCAAACUGAAAACAAAGUUAGUUUACUCGCUGAAGACCUUCUCAUAUUGGAUUGUCCCGAAAUUGAUAGCAACCCCCCUGCCAUUAUCACAUGGUAUAAAGAUAACGAACCUUUUCAAGAUCUUGCCGCUUUUGUUUAUCCAUUUGAGGGGGAAGAUUUCCAAUACCACAGUGAGACCUAUACCGUAAAGAAGAACAGUCUAGUGCUGAUGAGCAUGACAUCAUCACACAACGGGAUGUACAAGUGUCGAGCCACCAACUCAAAAACUCAACAAUAUUUCGAUCUGAAGGAGUAUAAUGUUCAGAACCUUGCCAACUCAGAAUCAUCAUUGGAGGACAUAAAACCUACAGUUCUUAAAGAAGGUCAGAUCACAGUAGAGAAAGACAGCUCAGUCGACCUUUACUGUUUGGGUGUCGGCCACCCUGCCACUAUGACCUACGUCUGGACUAUCGGAGAUGGAGUUGCGCUUGAUUUCAGUGAUAGGAUUGUUCAGAGUGAUUUUGGUAGACAGGUGACGAUAUCAAAGGCAGCAUCAGCAGAUGCUGGCCUUUACAAAUGCUCCUGUUCAAAUACUGAAGGAAACACGGACUCUUACAUCACUCUUAAAGUCAAAGAAUCAACUGCAGUUGCAGAGAUCACCAUAACAGGAGCUCCAGCAACUCUUUACAUACAUGACGUGUAUCUGGGGGAUGAAGCUAUGAGUAUCUUUAUUCCUUGUACUGCCACCGGCGCUGACCAAGUCAGAUUUCUGAAAAAUGGAGCACUACUAGACUUAUCCUCUCGGUACACAUUCAAGGAGAGUGUGGGCCUGACCUUCACUUCUUACGAUAGUAGAGACAGUGGUGUGUACCAGUGUGUAGCCUUCAAUUCCAAGCAUUGGAAACAGAAGAUGACAUUUGUAAUGAUAACUGAGAAAGUAACAGCUGAAGCGUCAGCGGAUAUAACGUUGUUAAAUAGUGAAGCAAGCUUGUCUUGCGCAGUUACGGGUUAUCCAUAUCCAGAUGUUUCAUGGUCUUACAACGACCAGCAAAUAACGAACUCACAGAGUUCCCACUCUCCCUACGUGAUAGACAAGCCUUCUACUCACCAACUCGUCAUAAAGAACAUAGGUUUUACAGACGGGGGCGUGUACACGUGCUCAGCGGUGAGCCGCGCACUCAACUACCAACCUGAGUACUCCCAUACAUCUACCAGUGAAGUGACACUAACCAUAGAGCAAGAAGUUGUGAUGAAGGCAGCAGCAACCAGCGUCACUGCCACUGUUGACGACACACUAAAGUUGGGGUGCACCGCUAAUGCUAAACCGACUCCAAAAGAGGUAACAUGGUAUGUUAACGGUACUUUGAUAGACUUGAAAAAGGAGGAGUUUAAAGACAUUGCCAUAACAACGAAGGUCGUCAAUGACCACCAGGCUUACUCGGAGCUGACUAUUAAAGAUAUAAAGAUUUCAGAUGGAGGAGAUUACAAGUGUGAAGCUAGUAACGCCGCUAAGGGGGUACUCAAGCUCAGCAGUGCGGAAACUAAAGUUCUCGUCAAAUAUUUAACAGUGACAGUGGAUGAUGGUAUUCGGGAGAUAGCAGCUGGUGAUAAGGUUGUGAUCACGUGCACUGCUCAAGGAAGUCCUGCACCCGAGCAAAUCAGGUGGUUCUUGGGAUCUUCAGAUGGUAAAGUAAUUCAAAACACGGACGCUGGCUUCAAGAUCUCUAACAAACCUGACUCUGAAACGGGUUACCAGAGUGUUCUGGAAGUAGAGAAACAAACGUCUGAUCAGGAUUACGUCUGUGAAGCUACCAGUUACCUUAACAACGUCGCUCAAUUCGAUGCUCACAAAAUUAUCGUCAGAACUUAUACUGGAACAGAGGCCACCAGAGCCACUUCAUUCGUGUCAACGGAUGAGGGUGACAGUGCUUCGCUCACCUGCUACUGCUCCGGUGUUCCCUUACCUACAGAAGCUACUUGGAAGAAGAAUGGAGUACUGAUCCUACCUACAGCCUCACAAUCUAUUACCAACACUCCUGCAUAUGAUCCGGAUUUCAAGCUGACCAGCGUCCUAACCUUCAAGAACCCUUCCUCCACUGACAUAGCGGCUUACACCUGUGAAUGUGCAAACAGUUUCCAGGACAAGACCUACACUGACCAAACAACUGUCGAGCUCAGAGUCGUGACCCAAGUUUCCAUCACAUGGAACGCUGAGAACCCGAAAGCUGCACCGUACAAGAAGGAACUGAAUCUUUCUUGCACCGCUGCCGGUCUACCCCGACCCUCAUCCAUUGUGUGGAGCAGGAAGCUCACUUCGUCCAAUGCAGAUCAGUUCAUCCUACUUCAACCUAACACAGGAAGAUUUAAGAUGAACGAGACGGCGGUAGAUAUCUCAACUCUACGAAGCAUGUUGACAAUAUCUGCCACGGAGUACGAUGACGACGGAACAUACAAUUGUUACGCAGACAACAAGAUCGGCGACGUGGUAUAUUCUAGAAACGCCCAGAGUACACUCCUCAUUUAUCAAAACCCGACCGUUGUGAUGGCAGCUUCAGAACGGGCAGGAGAUCCAGACGACAGCGUGGAACUUUCCUGUACAGUUUCCUCCAAACCAGCUCCCACUAAGUUGGAGUGGUUCUUUGGGGACACCAAGGAGGCUAACCAGCCUACUAGUACUGCUAGUGGUUACGUUAGGAGCAGUCAGUAUACCGUGAACGCUCUUUCCGGCACAACAGAAGGAAAGUAUCGAUGUGUAGGAUUCCACACUUACGAGGGUAACGAGGCGACCGGAGAGGGAUACACUUACGUCAGGCUGCAUCGCCCGUACUCGGUAACCUCCUCGAGUGUGCCAGUAGCUGCUGAGUUAGUUAACGAGUACACCGCACUGAACCUCACCUGCACUGGUCUGGGGGUUCCUGAGGUCUCCCUGUUCAAGUGGACAGUGGGCAGUGUGCUUCUUAAUAGUGAUGAGAUAACAAGUAAUAUUGGGACCAUGAGGACGGUAAAAAACUACGAGAGACCAGAUCUGAAUAUAGAAGUUACGAGCACGCUCGUGAUAGAAAGUGUCAAGUACACAAACCUGGGUCUCUACAAGUGCGCUACCACUCAGACAUGGGAUAGUGAGACAGCUUCCACCAGCAAAUCGUUCAACAUAUCAGUAAACUUUGACGCUAAGUUAAUGUCAGGAACAGGGUCUACAGAAGUCUUUCAGAACGUCGGAAGUCAGAUUCGUUUAACAUGUACAGUGUACGGUAACCCAGCUCCGGAUGAUGUCACGUGGCAAUGGUCAGAUGGUGCUGAUAUCACACACGGAGACCACUUUAAUAUUGUUAAUAUAGAGAAAAACUCCUACCAAAAGCAAAGCAAUCUGCAGUUUACAUUCCUCCCGCUAUACCACAACAAGGACAUCAAGUGUAUGAGUAAAAACGCACUGUCAGCCAACGAACAGAAACUAACCUUCACUCUCAGUAUGAAGCCGAACACGAUGAGUAUCAUUCAGAGUGGAUCCGUUAAGGGUGGAGAGACAGUCGCACUCACGUGUCUGACAACUUUUAGCGAUGGGUUGAUUGCUUGGUACAAGGACGACCAACUGCUGAACUCCAACAACAGACUAACCUUCGCUACGAACACAACUUAUUCAACAAAGAAUUCCGUCCUCACCAUUGCAGAUACUGAUGAAACUGCAGAUUCAGGAAACUACACUUGUAAAGUAACGGACGACGCUACUUCGCUCACAACUCAUUUCGAGCUCGUUAUCGGAAGCGGAGUUUCAGCCGAGACGAGUAAAGGACUGAGCACCGGAAUAGUGAUAGCUUUGUCCGUGUUAGGAGUAUUUAUAGUGAUAGUACUGAUCCUGAUUGUAGUGGUCUUCUUGCACGGCAGGAGAAGGAGAAGAGCCGGGAAGAGGUUUGACGAGAGGAGUCAGCCUGAUAGUUAUGAGAACCAGGCGUUUGACGACAGGAACCUGCCUUCUAUUAUCACCAUGCCUGAUACCGCCGCUGAUAACCUUCCAAAGGUGGUAGAGCCAAUUAUACUCAGUAAAAAUGAGCCUGACCAUGACAUUAAGGAGGCGACCAUCAUGCAACAAGCAACUCUCACUCAGCAGAGGAAACGAAAUCCGAACAUAGGAAAAUCUCAAACACUGGACACUAGAGGUGGAAAGUCAGGCUCCUCUGGUAAUCCUCCUCCUCCUUCCGAUCACUACACUCUCGACCAUCGUAACAAACGGGAUUGGUACUGAUAGACUCUUGGAGGCAUUCAUUAUUGUAAAUUAGUUUCUUCCUUCUUGAGAAACGAACUCCACUUUUCAGACUCUACGAAUUUUGAAUCGCACGUCAGCAUGAAUAGAUUUGCCCAACUUUCAUCCACUUUUGUUUGUACUGGACAAAUAAAUAACUCACACUAUUAUAUUGCUGGACAGCCAAAUAAAUAGUUUAUUUGUUAUACGUUUUACACAAGUUACUUAAAAAUAAGGAGCAUGAGUACUAGUAGCUUAGUAGGUUGUGACAAUAAAUAAUCCUAUCCUAUCACACUAUUUUACCAAUCCUAUCACACUUUUUACCAAAUUAAAUCAAUGCUAUGUUUAUAAUAUGUAAUUUUAAAAAUAAUCUGUUUUUCAUACAGUGAAAUUAAUUUUAAACCAAAACUUUUGCUUGACUUUUAUUACAUUUUUUAUAAAUUUGCUGCGUGCCAUCAAAAUAACGAAUUCAAAAUUUAUAUUCCA